UCGUUGUUGUUGGGAUACUUCCGUCUCAAAAGUGUUUAGGAAGCCGGAAUUGAGUUUAGCCGGGGUUAGACCUGGGAAGAAGACUCCACUUGAGACUGCAAAAGAGAGCGUUCGUGUCUAUCCGGAUCAUGUUCUGACUCCCCCUAAUCUGAGGAAUAUUUUUGGCCAAAAGCUGUAUGACAUGUGCUACGGAAAAGGAGUGCCUCCUCUUCCUGAUAUUUCCUGUUGGUUUGAAAGAUUCAAGAACAAAAACGACAAAGCCAUUUACGAAAACCAACUUUUGCGUUGGAGAUCUCCCAAAAGGUCUCCCAACUGGGGAGAGGGAGUUACAAGAGUCAACCGGGAAUGGGUUGAACUUUCAGAGGGAGAUAAGAAGAAAGUUGGGCCUAUACGUUCAGAAGAAGAACAUAAAGUGGUAGGAGAUGUACGAGACCAAGGGAAUCAUCAAUUAUGCGCGGCUUAUGUCUGUGUCAAUCUUGUGAGCUCGCUGAGAGUCAUCGAAGGGGACGAUAAAGACUUUGUGAAUUUAAGCGUGAAGGAGUUGUGUUUUUCUGCAUGUGGACCCGUUCAAGAGGGACACAAGUGUCGAGCUAUGCUAUUGACAUCUGCCCUGGAAUUUAUAAAAGAUCAUGGAGUGACAGAGCAACGAGGGACCGAAGGAGAUUCUUUUAGCUGUGUCACAGACAAACCCCCUAGAAAAAGUAAGGCUAAGAAGAUCCGCAUAGCAGAUUUUGGCUAUCUCGGUAAUGAUACACAUAGAGCUUUGAAGAGACUCGAGACGCAGCCUAUAGGAGCAACGUUGGUUAUAUUUUCAGAUUACUGGGGAAUUCAAAAGGGGGAAAUCUACCGCGGACCAAAGAGCGACAGAUCUCGGUAUGAGGCUCUUCAUGGGGUGACUAUUGUGGAUGCUUUUUUGAUCGAUGGAGAGCUUGUAUACUGGUGUAAAUCUAGCCACGGAGAAGAGUACCACGACAAAGGGUACGUCCUUGUGUCUGGUGAGACUAUGGUUUUGGGUCAUCAUUUUUCUGCUGGGCGUGGUGAAUCUAGAUUUGGUGUUAACCGAGGUGUAGGAGGUGACACAGCUUUAGCUCUUAGCAAACCAAAAGGCCUAAUCCAUGAAUUUCUGAGGGGUUUCGUGAAAGUUUUGACUCUAUUUUCUUACAUUUUGGGUAACAUUGUUGAUGUUAAAGGAGAGAUGAUUACUUCUUCUGAUUCAAACUCCAUACCAAUGAAAGGCUCCACCACUGAAGAAGCUUCUUCCGUGACUGUAUUCUGCAUAUAUCAUAUUCUCUACUACAUCUUCUCCACAUACCAAGAGACAGUGACCAAGUUCUUGGAAACCGCUGUAAAGGAGACUAAAAAGAUUGAAACAGAAGAUGGUUCCACGCUCUUUGCGGUGAAAGAGAUCACAGAGACUUUCCAUGGAGAUUCAGCAAAGGAAGAAGCUCAGCUAUUAAGAGUAUUCGUGAUCGUCAGAGACUUCAUGUCCAUUCUAGAUAAAGUAUGCAAUGAAAUGGAGGCUGAGUAG